AUGAAGUUCUACGGCCUCUGUAUACAUGCUCUACUCUUUACCAUCUUUCUUAUCCUCUGCCACCCCUCAGGAGGAUCUGGUGAAAGCACACUGAGCAAGAUACUCAAGAAAAGAGAUGUUGAGAGCAAGCCCGCAGCCGAGCUGAUGCUCUCUCAGAUGAAAGCAAAGGAAUUUCUCUCAGCUCCCCAGAGGCCCAGGAGGAACCUGUGGGACCGCAGUCGUCCAGAUGUGCAGCAGUGGAUCCAGCAGUUCAUGCAUAUGGGCUAUGAUGAGGCAAGGCUUGAGACAGACCUUGCUUACUGGAUGGACCAUGCAAGAGCAAACGAUCAGGGUCAGCAGCAUCAUUAUGACGAGAAUGCUGCAAUGGGAUCGCGGGAUGCCACAGCUUUCAGACAUGGUGCCAAUGUCAAUUAUGAUUACUAUUAA